UAAUAUGACAUUGAAGAAGGAAGGACCAAGACUGCCGAUAUGAAAAACCCCAAAAAGAGGAAAAAGCCAUUGAAAAUUGGCCAUCACGUUAACAAUGGCGGCGUCGUCAAGUAAACAAAAGAAAGUAAAAUUUGUAGAUCCUCCUCAGUCACCACCACUUGUUCCGGUGGAGCAAACUAAAGGCACCAAUGGCCUCGACAAAGUCAUUCUUCGCGUUCCUUCUGGCUUCACCACCGAGGUGUACUUUAUGGGUGGUCAAGUGACUUCUUGGAAGAACGAAGUUGGACAGGAGUUGCUUUUUCUAAGCAAGAAGGCUAUCUUUAAGCCCCCAAAGGCAAUUCGUGGAGGAAUACCAAUAAUAUUCCCUCAGUUUCGCAACCUUGGAACGGCCACUCCUCAUGGGUUUGCAAGGAAUAGAAUUUUCAAGAUAGAUCCUUACCCAACUCUUCCUCCAACAUCUAGUAAAGCUGAUCUUGAUUUGCUUUUAACUCCUCAUGAAGAUGAUAUGAAAUAUUGGCCUUUUCGUUUUGAGAUUCGUCUGAGAGUGAGCUUGGGUCUUAAUGGAAAACUGACGAUGAAAGUCCGCAUUAGAAACAUUGAUGCCAAGCCCUUUAAGUUUACUUUCGCUUUUCACAACUAUUUCAAUGUAUCUGAUGUCGGGGAAGUAAGAGUAGAAGGACUAGAGACUCAAUAUUACUUUAAUGACACCAUGAAUAAGGAGCGUUUAACUGACCAAGGAGAUUCCAUCGUAUUUGAUGAAGAAGUUGACAAGAUAUUUAUCGAAACACCAGAUAAGAUUUGUAUUCUGGAUCAUGAAUCCAAAAGGACUUUUGUCAUAAUUAAAGAAGGAUUACCAGAUGUUGCGGUUUUGAAUCCAUGGGAAAAGAGGGCUAAGGCAAUACCAGAUUUAGAUAACAAGGAGUACAGAAAAUUUGUGUGUGUGGUUCCAGCUAGAAUUGAAAACUCAAUCACACUGAAGCCAAAUAUGGAGUGGACAGGGAUGCAGGAACUACGCGCUGUUCCGUCUACUUGUUAUAGUGGCCUGCUUGAUCCUCAUAGUCCCGUAAGGAACGACUGAUAUAUCAAGCUUUCACUACCAGCUCUUGUCGAUGUCCGAAAUUACAUACUCUUCUGUUCCUUUGAAUUUGUUAUAUUAUUGAAAUUCAUGAUCUGAUUUUGACAAA